UUAUUCUUCCUCACCAUCCUCUCUCCACUUACAAAACCCAUCUCUUCUUCUUUAACAAGAGCGCAAGCUCAAAAGUGCUCUUGUUCUCUCUUCAUCUUCUUCUGUACCUUCAUAGUAAUUUAGAACACUUCUUCUAACAACUCACAAAAAUGGCUAUAAAACUAGCAAUUCUCUUUACAACAUUUGUCCUUUUUAGCCUCGCCGACGCCAAAAUCCCCGGCGUCUACUCCGGCAGCGCGUGGCAAACCGCACACGCCACUUUCUACGGUUGCAGCGACGCCUCCGGCACUAUGGGAGGAGCUUGUGGUUACGGUAACCUUUACAGCCAAGGCUACGGGACUAACACGGCUGCUUUGAGCACGGCGCUGUUUAACAACGGUAUGAGUUGUGGAGCCUGCUUUGAGCUAAAAUGCGCCAACGACCCACAAUGGUGCCAUCCUGGUAGCCCGUCGAUUCUCAUUACCGCAACCAACUUCUGUCCACCAAACUUUGCUCAGGCCAGCGACAACGGAGGAUGGUGCAACCCGCCUCGUGCCCACUUUGACCUAGCCAUGCCUGUCUUCCUCAAGAUGGCUCAAUAUCGCGCCGGCAUUGUCCCCGUCUCAUACCGCAGGGUGCCCUGUAGAAAGAGAGGAGGGAUAAGGUUCACAAUCAACGGUCACCGUUACUUCAAUUUGGUCCUGAUCACUAACGUGGCGGGAGCAGGAGACAUAGUGAGGACGAGCGUGAAAGGUUUACGGACUGGUUGGAUGAGUUUGAGCAGGAACUGGGGUCAGAACUGGCAAUCUAACGCCGUUUUGGUUGGUCAGUCACUUUCUUUCCGAGUCACAGGCAGUGACCGUAGAACCUCAACUUCAUGGAACAUUGUUCCUUCUAACUGGCAGUUUGGUCAAACCUUUGUCGGGAAGAAUUUCAGGGUCUAAAAGCGAGUUUCGAGACACAAGAAACUCUCCGCUAAUUUCGCUUUUCUUUCUUUUUUCUUUAUUUGGGUUCAAAAGUUUAUAUAUGGAAAGGAGAGAAAGGUGUGGGGGAGAAUAGUAUCUUUGACUUUUGUGUGUGUUUUCUUUUUAAUGUUUUUUCUUCUUUUUUGGACUUUUAGUUGUGAAGGGGGAGAGUGAGAAAGAGUAGUUGAGGAGGCUGUGAGAAAAUUUUGUAACAGCCCGCAGCUACUUAAAAGUAUUUUUCAUGGUUGGGUUGUUGUAAGUUACAACUUGUAACGUUUAAUUUCAUGUAAUCUGAAGUAUGGUUAUAUC